AGGUACAGGCACAUGCACACAGAGGCACACACAGGUACAUGCACACACACAUGCACACACAGGAAGCAUACACACAUGCACACACAGAGGCAUAUGCACAUGCACACACACAAGUACAUGCACAGGCACACGCACAUGCACAUUCCACCCAUCGUGGCACUGGGGUCACCACGGCGUCCCUCCAGUUUAGAGAAAGACGUGUUUAGAAUCUCCUUAAAGGUGCUGAUGGCAUUAAGGGUCUAA